CCGGUGGCAGCGGGACUGGAAGGUGUCGGAGGUCGCCGCCCGCGUGCUCGCGCUCCCGCGCGCCGAGGCCGGCGCCGUCGACGCCGUGCUCAACUGCUGGGCGGGGCGCUUCGCCCGCCGCAACUUCCCGCUCCUCAUCCGCGAAAUCACAAUAUCUGGGUCCUUGCACCAUGCCGUACAUGUGUUUCGCUGGAUGAAAAAUCAAGAUAACUACUGUGCUCGUAAUGAUAUUUACGCCAUGAUGAUACGGCUAUAUGCCAGGCAUAACCAGGUUGAUCAGGCACGCGGGCUGUUCUUUGAGAUGCAAGAAUGGCGGUGUAAACCUGAUGCUGAUAUAUACAAUUCUCUCAUUCAUGCACAUUCCCGGGCUGGUCAAUGGCGUUGGGCCAUCAACAUUAUGGACGAUAUGCUUCGUGCUGCUAUACCUCCCAGCCGGGCUACUUAUAAUAAUGUGAUAAAUGCAUGUGGGGCUGCUGGUAACUGGAAAAAGGCUUUAGAACUGUGUAAGAAAAUGACAGAAAAUGGUGUUGGACCAGAUUUGGUUACACACAACAUUGUUUUAUCUGCUCUUAAGAAUGGAUCUCAGUACUCAAAAGCUAUAUCUUACUUUGAAAUAAUGAAAGGAGCAAAUAUUACCCCUGAUACUUUCACGUUAAAUAUUAUGAUCCAUUGCCUUGUAAAGAUUGGACAGUGUGGGGAAGCUAUUGAAUUGUUUAACUCAAUGAGGGAGCAAAAAACAAAAUGUCCUCCAGAUGUUGUUACAUAUACUAGCAUCAUGCAUUCUUAUUGUGUUUAUGGGCAAGUUGAAAAUUGCAAAGCAGUCUUUGACUUGAUGGUUGCUGAAGGAGUGAAGCCUAAUGCUGUAACAUAUAAUGCGCUUUUGGGUGCAUAUGCCUCACGAGGUAUGCACAAGGAGGCCUUGGAAACUUUUAAUUUAUUAAAGCAAAAUGGGUUACUACCUGAUAUAGUUUCCUAUACCUCCUUACUGAACGCAUAUGGUAGAUCUGCACAGCCUGAGAAGGCUAGGGAGGUCUUUAACAAGAUGAGGAAGAAUUCAUGCAAACCAAAUAAAGUCAGUUACAAUGCGCUUAUUGAUGCCUAUGGGUCUGCUGGAAUGUUGAAGCAAGCUAUUGGCUUACUGCAUGAAAUGGAGAAAGAUGGCAUUCAGCCAGAUGCUGUUUCCAUUAGUACUUUGUUGGCUGCCUGUGGUCGCUGCAGGCAGAUAACAAGAAUUGAGACUAUUCUUGAAGCAGCUAUGUCCCGAGGUAUUGAUCUAAAUACAGUUGCUUACAACUCUGGCAUUAAAAGCUAUUUAAGUUUUGGAGAUUAUGAGAAAGCUUUGGAGUUGUAUACAUUAAUGAGAGUGAGGAAUGUGAAACCAGAUGCUGUAACCUAUAAUAUACUUAUUAGUGGAUCUUGUAAAUUGGGAAAACAUGAAGAAUCUUUGAGAUUUUUUGAGGAUAUGGUGAACUCUAAGGUUCCGUUAACGAAGGAGGUCUAUUCUUCCUUGAUUUAUUCAUAUGUCAAACAGGGCAAACUAUCUGAAGCAGAAUCUACUUUCGAUUCAAUGAAAAAAUCAGGCUGUUUUCCUGAUGUUUUGACAUAUACUACAAUGAUGCAAGCCUAUAACGCUAGUGGGAGUUGGGAGAGAGCUUGGGACCUGUUCAAAGAGAUGGAAGGAAAUGGUAUUCCACCAGAUGCCAUUAUAUGCUCAUCCCUUAUGGAAGCAUUCAACAAGGGUGGCGAACCUGAAAGGGUCCUUCAGUUGAUGGAGCUCAUGAAGGAAAAAUGCAUCCCAUUGAACCAAAAAUCUUAUUUUGAGAUAAUAGCUUCAUGCACCAUGAUGCGUGACUGGAAAACAGCAAGUGAAAUGAUUGAAAAUUUGGAUUCUUCACUCUCAUCCAUUUCUGUUGGGACACUAAACCAUAUUUUAAAUUUUCUUGGAAAAUGUGGGAAGACAGAGAACAUGAUGAAGCUGUUCUACAAGAUGGUGACUUCAUGUUCUACUCUGGGCCUUUCCACUUAUACAAUUAUUCUUAGAAAUCUACUAGUUGUCGGGAAAUGGAGAAAGUACAUUGAGGUUUUGCAGUGGAUGGAGGAUGCUGGAGUUCAUCCAACACUAUACAUGUACCAAGAUGUCCUUCCAUAUAUCUGGAGAGAAAAUGGCAUGGACUUCACUGCCCUUAUGGAAGAAAAAAUAAGUUCAUUGAGAGAGAAAACAUGAAUUCUUGAUAAUUCAACACCUCUUUGGUGUGAAGCAGGAAAGAUAUUAUGAUCUGUGCGGACUGCUGAGCAGAGUAACUCGGUUUUCUAUAUUAGGUACUGUCGUACAUGCCACAGAAGGGUUUCCAGCUCAGAAACACGUAUGUGCUGCCAAAAUGAAAUUGAUGAUGAGCUCCACAAUCAUGGUUGAAGAACUAUCUUCCUUGGAUUGAGCAUGUUGUUUUACUGUCUAAUAUAUGCUGGGGGAAUAAAAAAUCAUUUGCAUUCCUCAGUCACAGCAUGGCUAACAUCGUCUAGCAUGUGUUGGCAUAAGUUUUGGAAGUAACGGAACUUGUGGCAUAAAUGGGAGAGACAAAAUUCAAGAACAUAGGGCUCUCUCUAUCCUCCUGCCCUCCUGGUAGAUCUCAAGUUUGUGCUUUGUGGAAUCCCGCAGUAACUGAUAUCAUCUCCUGAAAGACUGACAAGGUGACCAACGUUGAAUUUAGUGAAGCUCAAAAUGGUAAGAUCUUGUGAUACAGUUUAUCAUUGUUCUUUGCUUACAGUUGCAAGCCGACACAUGUACUGAAGUGCUGUUUUACUUAAGAGCAUGCCUUCACCAGUCAUGAGCUCUUGGCUUGGGAGCAAUAUAACCGUGGUUUUUCUGUGUCAGAAAGUCAUGUUUGUCCAGUAGAGCAAUAUUUUUCUUACUUUUUUCAUCUAAAUAAUUUCAAAGUUUUGCUGGUCUAUAUGAAUUUGGAUGCCCUUUAAUGGGUAUUCUUAUACUGCUUCCUGGGCCCAAAUACAGUACGUAUGGUGGGCCGACGGCCUUCAGCUAUGGACUGAGGCCUGGCUCUGAAAGGUACUAAACACCUGGUACGUAAUAGUCAG